AUGGCGUCCACCAAGCCACCGUCCCGCGUCCAGACGCCGGCACGCAACGUCAACCACGUCGUGUUGGGCGACCUGGUUCUCAAGCCGUGGAACCAGGCCAUCUACCCGGCUGAUCUGGUGACAAAGGACACCGACCGGCUGUACGUAUGCCGGUGGUGCUUCCGCUACUCCUGCGACGCCGGCGCAUUCGCGCAGCACACGCGCGUCUGCGAGCACCGCACAACACCGCCGGGCGAGAAGGUCUACGACCACGGCGGCUACGCGGUGUGGAAGGUCGACGGACAGGACCACAAGCUCUUCGGACAGAACCUGUCUCUCUUCGCCAAGCUCUUCCUCGACAACAAGACCGUGUUCUUCGACGUGGCUACCUUUCUCUUCUACAUUCUCACCUUUACCGACCCCGACAACUCGGAUACCUACCACGUGCUCGGCUUCUUUUCGAAAGAGAAACUGUCCUGGGAUGCUAACAAUCUCGCCUGCAUUCUCAUCUUCCCGCCGUACCAGCGCAAACAGCUCGGGAAGCUGCUGAUGGGCGUUAGCUACAAGCUCAGCGGAUGGGAUAAGGACGGCGGUGGACACAUUGGUGGACCGGAAAAGCCGCUCAGUGACCUCGGCCAGAAGAGCUAUGAUCGGUUCUGGGCGGAGCGCGUUGCGCGGUAUUUGCUACGGGAGAAGAAGGACGGUGAAAGCAAAAACGGCGAAUUGGACCAGAAGAAACCGACCAGCCCCAAAUCUGCCCGCAAGAGACCCCUUCGCGAGACCACAACUGUUGAGGAGAUUGGAAAGGCCACUGGGAUGUUGAAUGAAGAUGUCAUCACUGCCCUCAAGACCAUGGGCGUUGUCAAGACGGGCUCAUCGCCAAAGAAACGCAAGAUGGGCCGUCUGGUCGCGGACGACACCGCCGUGAAUAUCCGCAAGUCGGACGUGUGGGAGUGGGCACAGACCCACAAUCUUGCGUUGGAUGAUCCUGUCAGAGCGGAUGGGUUUCUAGGCGAAUGGGCGCCGAAGACUGGAUUGGAAGAAGAGAGCCCGCGCACUCCUUCCGAGCCCGAAGACUGA